AUUGGGCCAGGCCCAGCAAUUAAACCCUUACAAUUUACCAGCCUCGAAGGUUAAACCCCAGCGAGACCGAAUUCUGAAGCCGAUUUCUCACCAUUUCAUUUCUCUGCCAAAGCAUCUCGCCAUGAAUUCGAAGCUGUUCUCAAAAACGCUAAUCCAGUUUGGUAGAUGCUAUAGCACCAGUUACAUAAAUAAGGAGGCGUUGUAUUCCAAAAUCAGUCCUUUAGGGAAUCCCGCCACAAGCUUGGGGCCAGAGCUCGACAGUUGGGUCAGUGAUGGCAAAGAAGUUCGAGUCGCCGAGCUUCAACGAAUCAUCCGUGAUCUGCGAAAGCGGAAGCGCUUCACUCAGGCUCUUCAGGUCUCUGAAUGGAUGAAUAAAAACGGCAUUUGUGCAUUUUCACCAACUGAACAUGCUGUUCAGUUAAAUUUGAUUGGCAGGGUCCAUGGGUAUCUUUCUGCAGAAAACUAUUUUUAUAACUUAAGGGAUGAAGAGAAAACUGAUAAGACAUAUGGGGCUCUUCUGCAUUGCUAUGUGCAACAGAAACAAAUAGACAAGGCCCUCUCGCAUGUGCAGAAAAUGAGGGAGAUGGGUUUUGCUUCAUCACCUCUUACUUACAAUGACAUCAUGUGCCUUUAUGCUAACCUUGGGCAACAUGAGAAGGUGCCUGAAAUACUUAAUGAAAUGAAGAAAAACAAAAUUUCUCCGGACAACUUGAGCUAUAGGAUUUGCAUCAAUGCAUACGUCACCCAAUCUAAUAUCAUGGCGAUGGAAGCAUUACUGAAAGAGAUGGAGAACCAACCGCACAUUGCUGUGGACUGGAACACAUAUGCUGUUGUUGCCAAUUUCUACAUAAAAGCAGGCCUCACUGAUAAGGCAAUUGAUGCCCUGAAAAAAGCAGAAGAGAGGUUGGAAAAGAAUGGUGGAAAUGAAUUUAACCACCUAAUGUCAUUGUAUGCGAGCAUAGGGAAUAAGGCCGAAGUCUUGAGAUUAUGGGAUCUACAGAAAAGUGCUUGUAGGAGGCAUAUAAACAGCGACUACAUCACCAUGCUGGACUCCCUGGUAAAGCUGGGAGACGUGGAAGAAGCUGAGGAAUUGUUGAAGGAGUGGGAAUCAUCUGGCAACUGUUAUGAUUUUCGAGUACCAAACAUUGUAUUUGUUGGGUAUUCUAAAAAGGGCCUGUAUAAGAAAGCAGAAGUUAUACUUAAAGAGUUGAUGGAGAAAGGAAAGGCUAUCACACCAAACAGUUGGGCAAGGUUGGCAGAAGGAUACUUGGAUGAAGGAGAGAUGACAAAAGUUGUGGAUUGUAUGAAAGCUGCAGUCUCUCGGAAUGUGGAGAGCAAAGAAUGGAAGCCCAGUACAAAGGUAAUUACUGCCAUUUUAGGUUGGCUUGGUGAUGAAGGUAGUGCUGAAGAUGUAGAAGCUUGUGUGGCUUCACUGAGGACUGUCAUCCCAGUGAGCAGACGAAUGUAUCAUGCGUUGAUAAAGGCAAAUAUAAGAGGUGGUAAAGAAGUGAAUGGGAUUUUGGAAAGUAUGAAAACAGAUAAAAUAAAUGAAGAUAAAGAAACAAAAAAAGUUCUUGGCCUGAGAGUCUGAGAAAGAACUAAAAGUUCUGGUUCUUGUGCCUUGUGUUUUUUUCAUUGAGUUCUGAUUAAUUAUUUCUCAUGUGAUGUAAGAACUUCCACAGAAGCAAGCAAUUCAAUUUGCUAGUAUUUGUUUGGUUUCA